UUUAAAAGGCAAGGAUUAUUUUUAGACAACAUGAUCUCAAAUUUUUAAUUUAUAGUUUCACUAAUUUUAAAAAAGAAUAAUAUAAGUAAAAAAUAAAAAUGUCAAAUCUAGCACGUGGAACACGUGACUCCCUUAUAUCUCAGUUUUAUUGGUCUUUUAAGAAAACAAAAAAUAAAUGAAUAAAUAAAUUCCCAUUGGCAAAGGUAUUAUUAAGAUCUGGCAGCUUAAUUUUCUACUCAAAAUCAAAACAGAAGAACGAAAUCUAUAAAUAUGAGUUUCUCUAAGCUUUUGGUUCCUUUUCUUCUCCUUGCUUUCAUCUCAUUGUCGUCGAUCCCUCUCGCCUGUGCUCAAAAAUCUCUCUCCGCCUACGAUAUUCUCCAGCAGUACGGCUUCCCUGUCGGCAUUCUUCCCGUUGGUGUUACUGGCUACGAGUUCAACAAAGCCACCGGAGAGUUCAGCCUCUUUUUGAAUCGGAAGUGCAGAUUCUGGAUCGAUUCCUACGAAUUGGAGUACAAACCUACCGUCAAAGGCGUGAUUUCUCAAGGCGUAAUCAAAAAUUUGAAAGGUGUUAGUGUUAAGAUCUUGUUGAUUUGGUUCAACAUCGUUGAAGUCGUUAGCGAUAGUGACGAACUUCGAUUCUCUAUCGGAGUUGCCUCUGCUAAUUUUCCGAUUAAUAGUUUCUAUGAAUCGCCGCAGUGUGGAUGUGGAUUUGACUGCGACAAGGUUGGGAGCUUGGUUUCGGCUUCUUGAAAUUUGGUAAUAUAUGUGUUUAAUAAUUUAUGGAGUGUUUUGUUUUGACGAUGUUUUGUUGCUUUGAACUUAAAUUUAAGUGCAGUUUAGGUGAUCGAGAUUUGCUCUAUCUAUUGUUCUGUUCUACUUUUGUUGAAAUAAUCGUCUCUUCGGGGGAAAAUAGAAUUGUAUUUUUCUGCCAUUGUGAUCUGCUGCCUGUCUCUGAUUCUCUUGAUGCAUUCGAUUGCUUAUUUAUGAUUUGAACAAUUCAAUCUAUUAGGUUUAAUGGUUCC